CCCUUUAGCGGCGGACUGCGCCCCGAACAAAGAUGGCCGCUGGCCACGGGGGAACGGUCUGUGACUGAGCGCUGUGCGGGGCGGAAGCGGAGCCGGGUCCGUCGGGAAUAGCCCUCCCGGGGCUGCCGGCCCGUAGCGGAGCCUGGCCCGAUGAGCAAGGCGUGGCGGCGAGCGGGCGGCAGGAUGGAGGGGGCCGAGGCGGACCAGGACGAGCCCGGCGGGCCCGGCUCCCACAAGAAGAAGCACAAAAAGCACAAGAAGAAGCACAAGAAGAGGCAUCACCACGAGACCGGGGGCACCAGCUUCUCCGCCGAGACCCUGGAGUCCAGCCCCUUGCUCCCCAAGCCCCAGCUCAAGCUCAAAAUCAAGCUGGGGGGGCAGAUCCUGGGCACCAAGAGUGUGCCGACCUUCACAGUGAUCCCCGAGGUGCCGCGCUCGCCUUCCCCCCUGAUGGUCGUGGAUGACGAGGACGAGCCCAUGGAGGGGGUCCCCAUUGAGCAGUAUCGGGCCUGGCUGGAUGAAGACAGUAACCUGGAUCCAUCGCCCCUGCCGGACCUGGACUCGGAGAGCUGCUUCCCUGCCCGCGAGGACGAGGAGGAGGAGCGCUGGCUGGAUGCGCUGGAGAAGGGCGAGCUGGACGACAACGGCGAGCUGAAGAAGGAGGUGGAUGAGUCGCUGCUCACGGCCAGACAGAAAGCUCUCCUGCACAAGCAACAGAGCCAGCCGCUCCUGGAGCUGCCCAUGGGCUACAAGGCGAAGGAGAUGACGGAGGAGAUGCUGGUGAAGCGGGAGGAGCGAGCCCGCAAGCGGCGCCUGCAGGCGGCCAAGAAGGCGGAGGAGAACAAGAACCAGACCAUUGAGCGCCUCACCAAGACCAACAAGGCCAAGGUGAAGACACUGCGGGAGCGCAAGGCCAAGCAGGCCCCGUGCCCCAUGAUCCGCUACUGCAACACCGUGGACCGGAUCACCGUGUCCUUCCCGCCUGGGGUCACGCUGCCCCUGCUGCCCUGCACGCUGCCACCCGUGCCCGCACCCACCACCUGUGGGGUCAGCGGCUGCCCCAACCGCAAGCGUUACUCCUGCUCACGCACCGGCGUGCCCCUCUGCAGCUUUGCCUGCUACCAGAAGAACCUGCAGCUGCAGGAGGCAGUCGGCUAGGGCUCCAGGCGCUGACCCUUGCUGCCGGGCUCAACCUCUUCGAGGGCAUGGCUGAAGAUCCCUGUGUCCCUCUAGGGAGGCCCAGGGGGGAUAUUCGCUCUCCAUGAGCUCAGGAUGCAGCUGCUACCCUUUGACUAUGAGCUGAGGACCCUGGCAUCUGGGACCCCUACUAGGACUAGCUCAUUCCCUGAAAGCUGAGUCAUGUCUGAGCCCAGAGUCGCCGCAGGGAUGGGCCUGUCUGCCCCAGGCCAGCCUGGGGGCCCCAGUGCAGCUUAGGCUCCAUGCAGCCUGGCCUCCCCGUGUCUCUCCCACCUGCCCUGGUGACUGGGAGGGGUGUGGAACGGCAUGAGCUGGGACUGGGCUCGGCUGCGUGGUGUCACCAGGCCCUGCCACGAGGAGGCAUAUCCCACCCUUCGGUGCCUGCCUGCCGGCAGUGCUGAGCUCUGCUGUGCUUGGGGGAGGGAGGGCUGUGGGUGGUUUCUUCCAGCUGCCAGUGGAAGGACUGACUGGGCCCAUACACCGAGGGGCUGUUUGCUCUGCUCUGCCCAGGUACAGGAGACGUAAAUCAGCCAGCCCCAUUGGCUGGGGAGAAAGUCUCUGGAUGUGCUCAGAGCGCCCCUCCCACCCAGGGCAGGUGUUGUGGGGCCGGGGGAGGCCCUUGGAGAUGUGUGAGUGACAGUAGGAGUACCACCCACGCUGUAACUAUUGAUGCAGGGAGGCAGUCAAGUGGGGUCAAAGCACUUAGCGGAGCUUGUGGGGGACGGGAUGGGAUGUUUCUCCAGGGAGUGGGCUUUGGGCUGCCCCAAGACCGUCAGGGCAUGGCUGCCUGGGCCUGGCUCGCUGUCUCCUCGCUCCAGCUCUCAGGAGCUCAGACCACCAUGUUUGUGCACGGGAAGGUGGGAGCGUGUCUGGUGGGAUGCUGCAGGGCAGACUGGGUGUUGCUCGUCACCCUCCUGCAGGGCCCCUUCAUGCUCUCCUUGGGGCCGGGGGUUUGUUACCUGUAACGUUCAUUAAACCCCACAGUACAGAAGAAA